GUGGGGACGCGGGAGUGCGGGCUUCUCCGCGAGCCGCGCGGCGCCGAAGCACGCUGGCCGCCUGAGCUCCGCGCGGAGCGAGCCGCCGCCACCCGCCCCUGCGCGCGCCCCGCCAUGGAGCCUUCGCACAAAGACGCCGAGACGGCGGCGGCGGCGGCGGCGGCGGCGGCGGCGGACCCCCGCGCCGCGUCCUCGUCCAGCGGGGUGGUGGUGCAGGUCCGCGAGAAGAAGGGCCCCCUGCGCGCCGCCAUCCCCUACAUGCCCUUCCCGGUGGCCGUCAUCUGCCUCUUCCUCAACACCUUCGUGCCGGGAUUGGGGACGUUUGUCUCGGCCUUCGCCGUGCUGUGCGGAGCCCGCACCGACCUCCCGGACAGGCACGUAUGCUGUGUCUUCUGGCUCAACAUCGCAGCGGCCCUCAUCCAGACCCUCACAGCUAUCGUCAUGGUGGGCUGGAUCAUGAGCAUCUUCUGGGGCAUGGACAUGGUCAUCCUGGCCAUUUCCCAAGGCUACAAGGAGCAGGGCAUCCCACAGCAGCUGUGAGGCCGAAGGAGCCGCUGAGAAUUCCAGGGCGGGCCCAUGGGGGCCGUACCAGGCCGCGGACGACACCGGGACCUUUACACAUGCUCUUCUGCCGUGUCCCGGGGUCGGAGUGGAAGAGGGGUAUUUAAAAAAACAGUAUUUAUUUUGAAAACGCAUCUGCUUUUCUUGGCAGGCUGCAAGACUGCCAACCCCCCGCCCCCCCACGCUCCAGAAAGACAGGCUCCCAGAGCAUCUCGGGGCGGGGGGGUUGUGUGGGGGCGGGGUUGCGGACAGCAAGGCUGGGAUGCUCGGCUCUCCUCUGCCCUGCACGUCUCCCUGCCCACUGUGAGGGCGCCCUGGAGCUGCCGGGUCGGGCAGCAGGGGCUCACCGAGGGGCAGGGUGCGGUGGACCCUUCCUCUGGGUCCCCAGCCCGUCUGAGUGUUUGCGCUGUGGUCUCCUGGGGGCCGCGCCAGGGCAGGAGUGAGGAUGCACACGUCCCCAGCCCAGUGUGGAAAGGCCUGCCGCGCCCUCCUGGGGAUGGACCCCUGAAAGUCUCUCCUGGCCCCGCGCUCCCUUACUGUAGCCUACCCUUCACCCACCCCCCCUCCUUGCCACUGAAAUCUCUGGGCCUGGGUGUGUUUUGACCUUUGUUUCCCUAGAAGACGGCCCGCGACUUCAUCCCUGGGCGAAACGGCUAGAAUUGCCAGGUGUUCAUACACAGAAUCCCCAGCACAGGUGUGAGCAAGCACAGGCCAGCAGCCUUUCACAUUAUACUGAACGCCACUCCUGGUCAAUAGUCCUCCUAAAAUCCUCGGGGCUGGACGGGUCUCCAAAUUCAGAAAACGUGGAUUUGAGACAGAAUAAGACCCAUGUACCGUGCAUUUCCUAACACGCCCGCAGUCUGGAACACCUCCCGACCAUCGAGCGCAUGACUGUUUUUGCAGAGAAUCCUGUGAAAAGUCAGACUAAUUGGGAUCAAUAAAAACCAUAAAUAGCCUCACCUUGCUUGGUUCAGGUCAGAUCUUGGCCUAAAUAAGUUUUGGAAGAAAACUUAGCAUUCAGGGGCUUUUGGGGAUUUAGAAUUGCAAAAGAAAAAAAAAUUGUAUGGGGUGGCAGAUUUCUAUCUGAAAAAUCCCUCUUGCCGAUGAGGCCCUGGGGAUCCCGCUGUUGUUACACAGGAAUUCCUUCCGUUGCAAAGGGACGGUCGGGGCCUUCACGGCACCUGCCCGGUGUGUGAUUGUUGGAUCCUGGUGGGGGAGGAACUCACAGGAGGUGCUGGGGCCACUGCAGGCAGGUCAGGGAUUGCUCUGAAAUGAAGAGAAAGAUGAUCCAAAGUCAUGGUGGACAUCUACCCGUCUGUUUUAAUUUGCUUCCUCACAUGAGAAUUGCCAAACUGUGGGACUGGCCCAAAGCUGUUUGCAACCCCACUGGGCUCCCCGAGGGAGCUCUUCCUGUCUGGCGGAGAUUCAGAAUGCGGCCAGGGCUGGAGCAGUGACGUGUCUGGCCUUUUCCCCGUGGCUGGACGGGGUGUGCUUGGGGAGCCUGCAGCUGGACAGGCCCCCCCGGCUCCCCGAGCCCACUCACCUCACCCGCUGGGCUUUCUGAUUAUUGUCCUGCCAGGGAAGUGGGCCUUGGGCUCCGUGUGGAUUGGGCAGCGCUCGGGACCCAUGGAGAAACAAAUCCCCUGCCCCACCCCCUGAUCCUGCCCCCCCUUCCCUCCUGACCCCAGCCUGGGGUCUGCUGCUUCUUUCGUGUUUGGAAUCCUGUGUGUUUUCAAGGCGUGGGACCAGCUUUGGUUUUAUCCAGAAAGCCAGAAGCUUUUGGUGUGUGAAGACGGCAUCCUCUGGGCCGAGAAGACGGCAGCAGGUGGCUGCUGGCUGCGCCCCGGGAGGCUGCAUCAGAGAAGGGAGCCAGCCCUGUGGCCAGGCCAGAGCAGCUCGGGCUGAGGGCUGGGCCGGGCCCUUCGCCCCACACGCCCAGAGGGACGCCCGGCUUCGGGCACAGCCCCCCCCUCCCCCCCACCCCGGUGGGAGCGGAGGAUCUUGCUUUCCUGGCUUGGGCUGGGGCGGCUGCUGCUGGGGAGAGAAGAGACAGCAAUUUGUGCAGCAUGUUUGGUGGUGAUCCAGACACAGGUGGGGGUUUCUUGAGUGAACCCCGGCACGGGAUGGCUCAUACAGGGGUUUGUGGGCUCGGAAGGACGGUUCCCCUCGGCACUCCCACCUCGGCCCCUGAGGCUCCCCUCGGCCCCAGCUGCUUCCAAACUUGAGAGGAUGUCGGCCUCUGGAGGAAGCCCUUCCCGCGUAGCUGACGUGUGCGAGGAACGGGGGCAUCCUGGUCCUCCGAACCCCCUGUGUGUGAGGGUGGCUGCGCGGGGGAGCAGCUCGAGACAGCGACUUUCUCCAUGAGACUGUGGCCCAAGUGUCACUGGCUUAGAUGAGGGGCAGGGAGGUGAGGAAGUGACCUGGGGCAGGAUGGCUUCCCUCCGCGACCCUGUGACGUGGACGACAAAGACAGCCUCCAGAUGCUGGGCCUUUGCCAGGCUCGGCGUGGUGCAUCUGACCCACGGUGACCCUUACCAACAAUCCUGGCAGGGGGACGUGUUUGCGGACCUUCCAGGUGUCAGGACUGAGGCGCCGGCAGAGCAAGGCCCUGAACACCGCGGCAUAGCUGACUCAUGGCCUGCAGCGAAGUCUUGCAGCCAAGGGAAGGGGUCUUGGGGGGUCGGAGGGUUCUCUGGACGGUCUUGCCCGUGCGGAAGUAGCAGGUGACGGGAAGGGGUCUUGGGGGGCUGGCUCCACCACACGCCGUCCUGGGCGGCCCUCCAACCCGCAGCCCAGAGCGGGCAGGGGACCUGCUCCAGGCCCCCCGACCCCCCACGUCCCAGAGGCCUGGCUGGGGCUUGGGCCUCAUGCAGACAUCAAGAAGCCCAAGCCACAGUGAGGAGCACGCGAACUCUAGAAGGUCGAGGAAGCCACACGGUCAGAAUUUCCCCCACAAGGACCCAGACCUAAGAAAGGAAAGCCGAACACUGAGCCCCGAGGCCACGCAAGGUGGGCUGAGCCCCCAGGCCCAAGAGAAUGCCUUCCUAAGGCCUGACUCUGGAGGAGGAAGCGAGGGGUCCACUGAGGUGGUCCUUCUGCGCCAGCCCAGCUCUUUAAAAUCCCCCCCAAUCUACAAUUUUUUUUGGUGAACCCCAUCCCCGUGCAGAUGGGGGGAGUCUGCAAGGGUCACUUGGGUGUGGGCCUGGCCCCAGCUGCCGGGCCCAGGGCCUGAGCCAGUGUGGGGCCCCAUCCUGCUCCCGGGGCCUGGAGGCAUUCAUGACCCUGGAUGUUUUUCUCCGGUGGGUGAUGCUGACCACCUCGGCAUUGUGGAAAUGGCUUGGGGACAUAUAAUCUAAAUGUCAGUCCCCAGUCGGUGGUUGCAGGCCCUUGUUGACCCCUCUUGCUGGUUUGUUUGGAGGGCUUUCAACAGAGGGAUUGGAGGCUUAGAGCACCCCCAGCUGCACUGACCCUCCCCGGAGACCAUGACCUCGCAGGGGGUGGGGGAGCCAUGUGAGCUGCUCCCCACGAACCUGCCCGAGGCUGAAGGGAACCAGGGUGCCUUCUUCUCAGCGGGCCCCCUGUGCUGCCAUCAGGCAGUUCUCCCAAGCGGGGCUCCAUGUUCCACAGUUGUGCAUCCAGCCAGCGUUCAGCGGGCACCGAUGCAGCCGAGGGGGGCUCCCAGAGAGCAGCGCCCUGGCCGUCGCGGUGCCGCACCUGCCCUUCCCGUCCGCACAGGUGGAACAGCAAGGCGAGUGGAGGCAGGAGGGCGCUUCUCCCCGCAGAGGAGGCCGCUGCAUGUGGCCAGGAGGGCACAAGGCCAGGCUGCGGGAAGGGGGGCUGGGGGCCUCCCGGGCAGGUGGGCACUGGUCGGGGUCCGCGUUUUUCACCUGUCAGGCUCUGAGAGCUUCAGAACGUCUGCGGGAUCACGGAGGCGUGCAAGUCAGGCUGGACUCGCGAAUCUGCCCUAAUCCCUGUGUGAUGCGUGGGGAACCCCGCGCCGCAAACACUGGGGCGAGUUCCAGCCUCAGUGCUGUUUGUCUCUACUCCUGUCUCGUGCCUCAGUUGGACCAUCCGUAGGCGGGGCAGGGAGGGGCUGGGAAGCUGAUGCCGGUCCCAUUUCUGUCAGAGCAGAGGCCUUGGAGGACGGGCCCAGGGCCGUGCAGCCGUGCUCCUGUGUGGGCCUCGUGGAAUUGGCACGCGGGGACUCUUCCUAGUGACAGACACGGGCGCUCUCUCCCCUCCCGAUCCAGUCACAUGGGAGGCUGAUGACAGGGCCGUCCUUGUAGGUGUCCUGAGUGUCCAGUACAAGUUGUCUCUUUAGGUUUAGUCCCAGUCCCUCUCCCUGCCUGCCUGGAUUUGCCACCAUGCCAGCCACCCCAGGCCAGGCCACCGGCACCCUUAGGCGGGCAGAAGAACAGACACGUGCUCGCUCUCUCACACACGCGUGUGCACACCACCCCCCCCCCCCCCCACCCCGCAUGCUCGCAGCCCCUCCGGCUGCUGGGUGAGGGCAGGUCUCAGGAUUGAGACCUUAACAUCCGCAGAGAGGCCCUCACACUGCCCGGGAGCCGUCCCUCCAGUGUGGGCCCUGGUGGGUGGCACUUGUCCUUGUCACCCCACCCAGGGCCCAGACACACACAGUUCCCUUGAUCCGAAGGGCCCCUGGGCCAGGAGCACUUCCUCCUGGGGUCCAUGGCUCCACAACCCCGGCCACCAGACCCGGCUGGCCUUCUGUGGGAGGGCUGGCCUUCUGGGUCUCCCAGAGAGGAGGGGACCGUGAGCCCUUUCUGGGCUCUUCUGAGGCUGCAGACAGUCAUCCCCACCAUCCCCCCGCCCCCGCCCUCCAGCCCCAGGAUGAGAAGCAGUGAGGAGAGAAGGGGGCAGAGGUCACGCCCACCCCGUUUCUGGGUGAUGCCUGGCUGGGUGUCCCAACCAGGGAGCUGGUGUGGUGGCCGUUAAGUGGCCGGGGCGCCCCUUGGACACACUUGGCAGGCCCUUUGCACAGGCUAGGGGACACAUGCUGUUGUAAAUGGUGCCAAAUCUUUGAAAACAACGUACAUAAAAACAACACUGGUUCUGUGCAUAUUAGCUGAAUUUAUAUUUGGAUGAGUGUUGUGCUGUGAUUUGUAGUUUUUGAUACGUGAGCGACUUUGUUUGGGUCUUUCUCCCCUUAAAGGAAUCGCUGUCCAUUUCUGUUGUUCUCUGCCGAGACCCUCUCCCCGACCUCCCAGGGCUUCCUCAGUUUACCUCUGCCCAGAUCUGCGGGGGCUGCCCCCCACCCCCAGCCACUUCUCUUGUGAUCCUAGCCAGCCAAGGGGGUCUCCAGCCCAUCCCAGUGACUGGAGCCUUCCUUGGUUCCACGAGAGGAAGAAAUUCUCCAGCUGCGGACCUAGGGAAGCUUCUAGACUUGCUGCCUGGAGCCCAGGCCGGGCUGCGGCUUGGCCUUCCCCGCACCCUCAGGACCGAGCCCCUGGCAGGCCCACCCGCCCCCGCUGCUGGCCGGGGUCCCCAGGGCCCCUGGAGGCGCUGGGCAGGGUCCCAACCUCCCCAGCGCCCCGCCAGCUUCGGAAGUCCCAGCUCAAGCACCGUUGCCGUCCGCCUAAUGGCAAACAGCGCGCAUGACCGUCGAAACCUGUGUACAUAUCUCCACGUACAUAUUUAUAUAUUCAGAUUAUAAAUAUGCAAAGCAUGGCAUCUCUUUGGCAUUCCAAGUUUGUGUUUUUUUAAAUCCUGAAAAUACGGCUUUAGAAACUUUUUCUUCUUUUCCCUCUUUUCUAUGUAAUAAACACUCAUGUGACUUUUUUGGUGGCUUCUCAAA